GAAGGGCUGGGGCUCCACUCAGCCGGGAGACCAAAGAGCGCUCGCCACCGCCCAGCCUCUCCUCGCGCGCCUCCUAUCUCAGCAGAGUCACCGGGAGCGAGAAGUGGUCCAGAGUCCUAGGGCGAAAAGGGCUAGUGUUCCUGGCUUUUCUCCUUUCUUGCUUCUUUCCCCCAUCUCCUUCCGACUUGUGUGCAAGCGAGUGUGUGAGCCAUGGAGAGAAGAGCCUGGACUCUGCAGCGUACUGCUUUCGCUCUCUUUUGCGCUUGGUGUGCACUGAACAGUGUAAAAGCGAAGAAGCAGUUUGUGAAUGAAUGGGCGGCAGAAAUCCCCGGGGGACCGGAGGCAGCUUCGGCCAUAGCGGAGGAGCUGGGCUAUGACCUUUUGGGUCAGAUUGGAUCACUUGAAAAUCAUUACUUAUUCAAACAUAAAAACCAUCCCCGAAGGUCUCGAAGGAGUGCCUUUCAUAUUACUAAGAGAUUAUCUGAUGAUGAUCGUGUAAUAUGGGCUGAACAACAGUAUGAAAAAGAGAGAAGUAAACGUUCAGUUUUAAGAGACUCAGCACUAAAUCUCUUCAAUGAUCCAAUGUGGAAUCAGCAGUGGUACUUGCAAGAUACUAGGAUGACUGCAGCCCUGCCCAAGCUGGAUCUCCAUGUGAUACCUGUUUGGCAAAAAGGCAUCACAGGCAAAGGAGUUGUUAUCACAGUACUGGACGAUGGCUUGGAGUGGAAUCACACAGACAUCUAUGAAAAUUAUGAUCCAGAGGCUAGUUAUGAUUUUAACGAUAAUGACCAUGAUCCAUUUCCCCGUUAUGAUCCCACAAAUGAGAACAAACAUGGGACCAGAUGUGCAGGAGAAAUUGCCAUGCAAGCAAAUAAUCACAAGUGUGGGGUCGGAGUUGCAUACAAUUCCAAAGUUGGAGGCAUAAGAAUGCUGGAUGGCAUUGUGACUGACGCUAUUGAAGCCAGUUCAAUUGGAUUCAAUCCCGGACAUGUGGACAUUUACAGUGCCAGCUGGGGCCCUAAUGAUGAUGGGAAAACCGUGGAGGGGCCUGGCCGACUGGCCCAGAAGGCUUUUGAAUAUGGUGUCAAGCAGGGGAGACAAGGAAAGGGCUCCAUCUUCGUGUGGGCUUCUGGGAACGGGGGACGUCAGGGCGAUAACUGUGACUGCGACGGCUACACGGACAGCAUCUACACCAUCUCCAUCAGCAGCGCCUCACAGCAAGGCUUGUCCCCCUGGUAUGCUGAGAAGUGCUCCUCCACCCUGGCCACCUCGUACAGCAGCGGGGAUUACACCGACCAGCGAAUCACAAGCGCUGACCUGCACAAUGACUGCACAGAGACCCACACGGGCACCUCGGCCUCGGCACCCCUGGCUGCUGGCAUCUUCGCUCUGGCGCUGGAAGCAAAUCCAAAUCUCACUUGGCGAGACAUGCAACACUUGGUUGUCUGGACCUCUGAGUAUGACCCACUGGACAAUAACCCUGGAUGGAAAAAGAAUGGAGCAGGCUUGAUGGUGAAUAGUCGAUUUGGAUUUGGGUUGCUAAAUGCCAAAGCUCUGGUGGAUUUAGCUGAUCCCAGGACCUGGACCAGUGUGCCCGAGAAGAAAGAGUGUGUGGUAAAGGACAAUGACUUUGAGCCCAGAGCCCUGAAAGGUAAUGGAGAAGUUAUCAUUGAAAUUCCAACAAGAGCUUGUGAAGGACAAGAAAAUGCCAUCAAGUCCCUGGAACAUGUGCAAUUUGAAGCAACGAUUGAAUAUUCCCGAAGAGGAGACCUUCAUGUUACACUCACUUCUGCUGCUGGGACCAGCACUGUACUGUUGGCUGAAAGAGAGCGGGAUACAUCUCCUAACGGCUUUAAGAAUUGGGACUUCAUGUCUGUUCACACGUGGGGAGAGAAUCCCAUAGGCACUUGGACUUUGCGAAUUACAGACAUGUCUGGAAGAAUGCAAAAUGAAGGAAGAAUUGUCAACUGGAAGCUGAUUUUGCAUGGCACCUCAUCUCAGCCAGAACACAUGAAACAGCCCCGUGUGUACACAUCCUAUAACACCGUUCAGAAUGACAGAAGAGGGGUGGAGAAGAUGGUGGAUCUGGGGGAGGAGGAGUCCACACAAGAGAACCUGAAAAAGAACCCCCUUGUGUCAAAAAGUCUCAGUGGCAGCAGUUCAGAGGGCAGAAGGGAUGAGCUGGUGGAGGCAGCCCCAUCUGAGGCUAUGCUGAGACUCCUACAAAGUGCUUUCAGCAAAAACUCAAUCCCAAAGCAAUCACCAAAGAAGUCUCCGAGUGCAAAGCUCCACAUCCCUUAUGAAAAUUUCUAUGAAGCCCUGGAAAAGCUGAACAAGCCUUCCCAGCUUAAAGACUCUGAGGACAGUCUAUACAGCGACUAUGUUGAUGUUUUCUAUAACACGAAACCUUACAAGCACAGAGAUGACCGGCUGCUGCAGGCUCUGGUGGACAUUCUGAGGGAAGAAAAUUGACAUCAGUGUGUGGUCCUGAGUUGGAAAUAUUCAUGCUUCCUCCUUCCGCUUAGAUUUUGCCUGUGUCUGAAGUGUUUGUUUUUACCAUUGGUUCUUAUGCUUAUAAUAUCCUUUUGUGGAACUCUUGCUUUUGCUCCCCAAACUAGACACAUGAAAGGGAUGAGCUCAGGUUGAAAAUCCCAAUUCCUGAAUUGAUCAUGACUCCUUCAAAACACAUCUUCCCCGCGUGCACAGAUGAACUGUUUUGUUCUUUGUGGAGCCACAGUUCAUUUCGCUUGUGGUCCUCACACCACACUAGAAUGCCUCCUUGAGCCCUCCCAUUUCAUUUCUCAAAAGAAAAGGCAUCCCCUGGACCAGAGAUUAAUUCGAAGUAAUCUGCAAAGAAUGAGAGCAGAGAAAACUGCUCCUAUAACUGGUCUCCUGUCUUUGCUACAUGGUUCUUUGAAUUGUGAUGCCCAACAGGGUUUAGAAAGUUUCUAAUGAAAGAGUUCACAAUUAGACCCAUACCCUUGACUUUUCUACCCCAUAAUACUACUCAUUCAGGGAGCGGCCAUUUGGUCAUUUGGGGGAGAAGUUGAGUCAUUGAGAUCCAGAAACAGUCCUUGAAAUCUGUGCUACCUGGUACGAGCAGUUUUAGACCUUUUUUUUUUUUGGCGUGGUGUGCCAUGUAGAGGCCUCUGUGACUCUAAAGGUGACCAGGACUUGUGUGUGCUCUGGUCUUCCUCCGUUUCCCCUUUUGAAGCUUUCGUUACCUAUUUCCUUUCUCAGCCACAAGCUGAAUACUGAGAGAACUAAUUCAUAUUACUUUCUUAGAAUAAAACUUAUACUUGGGACUUGGCAAAUCCCUAGUCAUAUUUUUUUUAACAAUACUAACAGGAAACCACUCAUGACACAGAGAACCAAUGUAAACAGGAAAAUAUAAUGGGGAGAGCCAAGGGGAGAUUAUGUUUGUUUUUUAAAGUGUAUUCAUUCAAACAGGUUUUUCUGGAUCUUCAAAACUGAGGGUUCAUUCCUUGCAACUAAAGGCUCUUUCCCAGUCCUACAGCUGAUAGUAUUCUAAUAUUUACCGAAUUGCUUCCAGGAUUCAACUCAAGAGGGCACAAACUGGCAGUCCACAGGCCCCAUUUUGUCCUUCAGGUAGAUUUUCUUUGGCAUGCCAAAUGAUUUCAAAAAUGAGUGAUUACUGGAAAAUAUGAAAUUUCACAUAAAACUUGAUUCUCAGCCCCAUGUUUCUUCCUGGCAACAGUUGGCUGGCACUGAAGAGCAGCUGCCCAGCUAGAUUUGAGUGCCGGGUCCCGGAGGUGCCCUACUCCAUGUUGCUCACAGUGGCUACCUUACCGGUAGGUCAGGACCCAACAAGCACUUCAUUUUUCCCACAGCUGCAUGAAACAACACACACAAAGUGUAAAGGUAUUCAGAAAAAAAAAAUCAUCUACUUCUUUCAGGUAGGAUCUGUAUAAUCAAUAACUAUGAGAAUUUGCCAUGAUCUGGUUAAUUGAUAGGUGGGAAAAAAUGGUAUUUGAGACCCCUGAAAAUACCUCUGAAAUCUAGUUUGAUAUAUUUGUCUCAUCUUGCCUCCCCUGGAUGCCAUUUACACUGAAUUCAUUAACUGUCAACCCCUAGCUUCCCAAUUUCUAUGCACUCGCAAAGGCUCCAGUCACCUACAAUGCCAGUAUUCUCCCAUUGCGUUUGCUGUAAUUCUACUGUAAAGUUGCAACUUCAGAAUGCCACACAUGAACUAGACCAGAAAGAGAACUCUAGAGUCUGUCACUUGCUAUGGUUUGAAGUGUGGUGGGUAAGACCAAGUUUCACCUCCUAGCCUACCAUUUGUAUUUACGCACAACAGAAGUAUUUGCAGAGCAAUCCCAUGAUGCUUUUAGGAUGUUCUCCUAAAACAACUGCAGUAUCACUCUAUCCUGAGAAGUUUCACAUGUUGUUUGAUACAGAGUGUUGGACAGAAUUUUGAAAAUUGCAGCACAUCAAAAAGUAUUAAAGCCAAAAAGGACCAGAGAGUUAUUAGAUAAGUUGUCAACUAAAAAAACAAAGCUAAGGCCCAGAGAGGCCAAUGAAUGGUAAUAAACAAAAACUCAUCUUUUUUCCCCUUUCCUACUCUCAUGCUCACUGUAUGAAGCUUUCUUUUUUAUCCUUCUAACAGAAUCUUUUCCUGGUUAAAACCCCAACCAACUUAUUGGAUUGUAGCCAAAGGUUCGCUCUAGAGAAGCUUUAAUAUUUAAAUAAAGUCAUGUUUGAAUGUUUCCAACCUGGAGUGUAUUGUUCAGGCAUAAAAUAUUUUUAUCGGCCUUUCUUAGUGCCUGUGUGGAUUUUUGUGAAAAUGUAAAAGAGGAAACUUAUAUAAUAUUUCCCUCCGAAUUUUAAACUCUAUUUUCUUUACAGGUAUUUAUAAUGUACCAAUGCUUUUAUCAGAAUUUUAAAAGGCAUAAUAAAUUAUAUUAAAGAACCAAAAAUUUCCUGAGAAUAAGAAAGUUUCACCCAAUAAAAUAUUUUUGAAAGGCAUGUUCCUCUGUCAGUGGAAAAAAAAAGUAUAAUAUGUAUGUGUUGUGUUAUUAAAAGUGACAUUUGUCUAAUAGCCUAAUACAAUGUGUAGCUGAGUUUAACGUGUGUGGUCUUAGCAUUUUUAAGGGACCUCUCACAUUAUACACUUGAUGUAUUAACCAGACUAUGUAAAAUAUGCUUAUACAUCAGAAGAAUAAAUGGUUUCUAAGUCAAAAAG